AUGGCCGCCUUCGGGCUCCUGAGCUAUGAGCAGAGACCUCUCAAACGGUCCCGUUUGGGGCCGCCCGACGUCUACCCUCAAGACCCCAAGCAGAAGGAGGAUGAGUUAACUGCUGUGAAUGUAAAGCAAGGUUUCAGUAAUCAGCCAGCUUUCUCAGGAGAUGAACAUGGGUCUGCUAGAAAUAUUGUUAUUAACCCAUCAAAGAUUGGUGCUUAUUUUAGCAGCAUAUUAUCAGAGAAGUUAAAACUUAAUACAUUCCAGGACACAGGAAAGAAGAAAUUGCAACUAAAUGCUAAAGACAAUUACUGGCUAGUUACUGCUCGUUCUCAGAGUGCAAUUCAUACUUGGUUUGCAGAUUUGGCAGGAAAUAAACCACUGACUUUCCUAGCAAAAAAGGUCCCAAUUCUCAGCAAAAAGGAAGAUGUUUUUGCAUAUUUAGCAAGAUACUCUGUGCCACUGUUGCGAGCAGCAUGGUUGAUAAAAAUGACUUGUGCCUACUACUCGGCCAUCUCUGAAGCUAAAAUCAAGAAACGCCAGGCAGCUGAUCCAAAUCUUGAAUGGACUCAGAUCUCUACCAGGUACCUAAGAGAGCAGUUGGUAAAGAUUGCAGAAUUUUAUCACAUGACCACAAGCCAAGGCAAAAACUCUGUAGUUGUGCCUCGUGAGGUGGAACAAGCCCUGAAGCAGUGGGAAUAUAAUGAAAAGCUGGCAUUUUAUAUGUUCCAGGAAGGAAUGCUUGAAAGACAUGAAUAUUUAACAUGGAUCCUGGAUGUCUUGGAAAAAAUAAGACCGGCUGAUGACGAACUUUUAAAACUCCUCCUACCGCUAAUGCUGCAGUAUUCUGAAGAGUUUGUUCAGUCAGCCUACCUGUCACGUCGUCUUGCUUAUUUCUGUGCCAGACGUGUCUCCUUAUUGAUUAGUGACAAUACUAACCUCAUCGCUGCCCACUCGCCUCAUAUUAUUAUUGGACCAAAUAAUCCUCCUCUGGCAGCUCCCAGCUCUUCCACGACUGGUACUAUAGUCAAUCCUGCACAGCUUGCCUGUUCAGAUUUUCUUGCCUGCCCACAGCACCGUCCUCUUGUGUACGGCCUAAGCUGUAUGUUGCAGACUAUAACUCUCUGUUGCCCAAGUGCCUUGGUGUGGAAUUAUUCUACAAAUGAAAGUAAAAACAUAAACCCUGGUUCACCUCUGGAUUUACUUCAAGUUGCUCCAUCUAGCUUACCAAUGCCAGGAGGAAAUUCUGUAUUCAAUCAGCAGGUUCGUGCAAAGAUUUAUGAAGUAGAACAGCAGAUCAAACAAAGGGGCCGUGCUGUGGAAGUAAGGUGGUCAUUUGAUAAGUGCCAAGAAUCAACUGCAGGGGUUACUAUCAGCCGUGUUUUGCACACACUGGAGGUUUUGGAUAGACACUGCUUUGAUCGUUCAGAUUCUAGCAACUCAAUGGAAUGCCUUUAUAACAAGAUUUUCUGGGGAAACCAUAAUAAGGAUAACCAGGAGGUUGCACCUAAUGAUGAAGCUGUUAUAACAUUGCUUUGUGAAUGGGCUGUGAGUAGUAAAAGAUCUGGCAAGCACCGGGCAAUGGCUGUAGCUAAAUUAUUGGAGAAGAGGCAAGCUGAAAUUGAGGCAGAAAGAUGUGGUGAAGUUGAAAUCUUGGAUGAAAAGGAGUCCAUUUCUUCAGCAUCACUUGCUGGGUCUAGCCUCCCUGUUUUCCAGAAUGUUCUCCUUAGAUUUUUAGAUACUCAAGCCCCCUCAUUAUCUGAUCCAAACAGUGAAUUUGAGAAAACAGAAUUUGUGAACCUAGUGCUGCUUUUUGGUGAAUUUAUACGGCAUGAUGUUUUCUCACAUGAUGCUUACAUGUGCACUUUAAUAUCACGUGGAGACUUAUCUGUCACUGCAGCUUCUAGAUCACGCUCACCAACUGGGGAAAACAUGGAUGAGCAGUAUUCUAAGGAGCAAGAUGUGAAACUGGAGGAACAUAGUCUUAUGGAGCACAUGUAUAUUGCCUCAGGAACCACUAAUAUUUUUGAUGAUGUAGACAAGAAUGACUUUAAGACAGACUUUGGUUCGGAAUUUCCAAUCUUUUCUCCAAUGCCUGGAGAAUCUUGUGAGAAUCUGAAUUCAAUGCCAAUGCAAGACAGAAGAGCUUCAAUGACUAAUGAAAAGUCUACAAAGAAAGAAAAAGUAAGGGAGAUGAUCUUUCCAUCAAACUAUCAUCUCCUUCGACAUUUGCAAUAUGCAACACAUUUUCCUAUACCUCUGAGCUUUGGGAUCACUGGACUGCUCUGAUGUCAGAAACCCAUGAUGAUUCUGCCAAGUAUGAAGUUUACAGAAAGAGAAGGGGAUCUAACAAUGAAUUGUUUAUUUAAACAUUUUGCUCCUAUGUUAUUUUU